GAGCUCAUCGAGAGCGGCCUCAUGUACGAGGAUAUGGCGAGCGAGAUGUUCAGGCAGUGGGACCGGGACGGCGAUGGCACACUGGACAAGUACGAGUUCCAGGGGCGUGUGGCCGGAAAGGCGGUGGCAGGGCGGUGGGCGAAGGGCCAUCGAUGUGACGGGGUCGAG